UGUGUGUGCGUGUGUGUGUGAGUGAGAGAGUGAGUGACAAGCCCGACAGCAGCGCGGCCGCCCACUCACAGCCGAGCUGGGUGAAUCUUAAUUGUGUAAUGUCCAUUGACGAGUCGGCACAAUGCUGCUGAGAGCGCGGAGGCGCGCCGAGCCGAGCACAGCGAUGCGAUGCUCCCGUUGAGGCGGACACAGAUGGACAGCCUCGUUCAGCCGCUCGUCGCCCAGUACCUCGCCAUGGGAUGCCAAGCCAAAGAAAAUGAAAGUGUGGCGGCGGACGAGAAGGGGAAAGACGACGCGAGAGCCGCCACAGGAUGCACGUCCAGGUCCAGGGUUUCUCCUCCGGGCCGGCCGCACCGGUUCCACAAGCCCAGCCCGGCCCAGACGGCCCCCAGCAGACCGGCUGUGUCUCUGGGACACCUGACCAAAGGGGCCACCUGGGAGGAGCUCAUCCAGGCCUGUCUGCAGUCCUUCGACGCAGAUGGCUGUGUACGUGGGAGCAGCCACCUGUUGAACAUCACCCUGACCAUGCACCGUCUGCUGCUCUCCUCCAGCGAUCUGCUGGACAAACUCGUCUCUCUAUUCAAAGCAGCGAUGGACAGCGAGCAGCCGUCAGAGUGCCAGAGGAUCUGCUACCUCAUCAGGCACUGGAUCCAGGAAUUCUGGGUGAUGUUCCGGUUGCACCACAGCUUGUCGGACAGCCUGGACGACUUCCGCGAUCUGAUCCGAGAGCAGGGACAGGAGCAUCUCUGCUCCCUCCUAGAAACCAAGUGGAUAACGCAGCGCGACUGGUCCUGGAAGGCCAGCCAGAAGAUCGCGGCGAACUACAGUAAAAAGAGGAAGGUUUCUCUUCUCUUCGAUCACCUGGAGCCCAUCGAGCUGGCAGAACACCUCACCUUCCUGGAGUUCAAGUCGUUCUGCAGAAUAUCGUUCGGAGACUACCAGAACUACAUCCGCCGCUGCUGCAUGAAGGACAUCCCCGUCAUGGAGCGUUCCAUCGCCCUGUGCAACGGCGUCUCCCAGUGGGUUCAGCUCAUGGUGCUGAGCCGGCCCACCGCUCAGCUGAGGGCUGAGGUUUUCACAAAGUUUAUCCACGUGGCGCAGAGCCUGCACCUUAUGCACAACUACAACACUUUAAUGGCCGUGGUGGGAGGGCUGUGCCACAGCUCCAUCUCCAGACUGAAGGACACCACGUCGCACGUCCCGGGCGAGGUCACCAAGGUGCUGAACGAGAUGACCGACCUGCUGUCGUCCUGCAGAAACUUCGACAACUACAGGCAGGCGUACAACCGCUGCUCCGGCUUCAAGAUCCCCAUCCUGGGCGUGCACCUCAAGGACCUGAUCUCGGUCAACGAGGCCAUGUCGGACUACGUGGAGGACAACAAGGUCAACGUUCAGAAGCUGCAGGCGCUCUACACGCACAUCAACGACCUGAUCCAGCUGCAGCAGAUCCCGCCCCGGCUGGACGCCAACAAGGACCUGGUCCACCUGCUGACGCUGUCGCUGGACCUUUACUACACGGAGGAUGAGAUUUACGAACUGUCGUACGCUCGAGAACCCAAGAACUGCAAGGCGCCCCCGGCCACCCCGUCCAGACCCCCCGUCUGUGUGGACUGGGCCUCCGGAGUGGCUCCCAAACCGGAUCCCCGGACCAUCAGCAAGCACGUGCAGCGCAUGGUGGAUUCCGUCUUCAAGAACUACGACCACGACGAGAACGGCUUCAUCUCUCAGGAGGAGUUCGAGAAAAUCGCCGCCAGCUUUCCUUUCUCCUUCUGUGUCAUGGACAAAGAGAAGGAGGGCCACGUGAGCCGGGACGAGAUCACGGCCUACUUCAUGCGCGCCAGCGUCAUCUGCUCCAAGCUGGGCCUCGGCUUCGUGCACAACUUCCAGGAGACCACCUACAUGAAGCCCACCUUCUGCGACAACUGCUCCGGAUUCUUGUGGGGCGUCAUCAAGCAGGGCUACCGGUGCCGGGACUGUGGGAUGAACUGCCACAAGCUGUGCAAGGACCAGGUGGCGUUCGAGUGCAAGAAGAACGCCAAGGCGCCGGGCGCCACGGACAGCCCGACGCCCAGCUCCACGCCCGGCUCCACGCCCGUCACGGCGGCCGCCUCGGAGGGUUCGGACGACUGCCCGUUCCCCUGCCCGUCAGACGACAGUAAAGACUGGGCCCCGGACCCCCCGCCGGCCCCCUCCCGGCCCCAGAGGGUCCACAGCGGCACCCAGACCGACGGGCCCCCGCUGUGCCCCGCCGCCGAGGCCCCGCCCCCGCAGCCGUCCCUCCUGCUCCCCGCCCCGCCCCCCCUGGCCUCCUGCCCCAGCCCGGUGCCCCAGAGGAAGCUGCGGCACUGCGCCAAGUGGGAGAACGGGGCGUCGGUGGUGCGGAAGCCCCGGGAGCCGGAGCCGGAGGCGGGGGAGGAGGAGGACAGCAAGCCGUCCUACGAGGUGCUGCAGGCGGACAACCAGAGGCUGCAGAAGGCCAACGAGACACUACGGCGGCGGCUGCGGGACGCGGAGCGGGAGGUGGACACCCUGAAGACGCUGCUGAAGAGACACGCCCUCCACCCGCUGGAGGAGGACUCCUCCUCGUAGACGCUGCCACCGCCGCCGCCUCAUUAGACAAUGUAUUUUACCACUGCUAUGAAACCAAGGCCAUUGUUAUGAUUUAGUACGUGUGGUUCCCAACCUGAGGUCCAUGGACCCCCCAAGGUUGUCAGUUAGCUUUGAAGAGCCUGAUGAGGUUAUUUUGCACUUUGCUUCAGUGUGUUGAGAUUCGGGGGUUUCCGCCGGUGUAAUGUUUAUCACUGAUGAGGGAUUGAUGAGGUGUUUUUAGUGGCAGGUUGGGAACCGAAACCAGCGCAUUUUAAUCCCAAAAGUCACUCAAGUGUGUAAAGAUUCUUGAAAAAAACACACCUGAUGCAGCAAAACUUGACAGCCAGAUGAUUUUCUUUCAGAUGAAAAGAAUCAGAGUCUCAUUAGUUCAUUGACGACUGUAACUCAGAGUGAAUGUUUGACGGACUGGUUGACCUUCCCACGGCGUUUCCUGCCUUCGCCCUCACUGAACAGCUCCGUCUGGCUCCAGAAGACGGACGGAUUCAGGAAUAACGUCAACUCCAAAGUCCAGCUGAGCCUAAAGCGCCUCUUUUUGACGCUCUGAGCGCAGGAGCAGGAGCAGGACGGACUUCAUGCCGCGAGCCGUUGAUCGUAGGCGGAGUUCAAAGCAGUGGAACGUAUGAAGGAGUGAGAAGAUGUGUUUGUGUGUUUGAUCAAUUUCUGAUCAGUUCUUGGGUUUAGAUAUUUAUGUUAAACAUAAAGUGAAAACCAGAGGCUCAAACUCUGGAAAGUAUCUGACAUUAUCAUCAUUAUUAUUAUUGUUAUAUCUCGUACAGACGGUGACUCGGCGACGAUCGCAGCAGAAUGAGAAACUAUUUAUUGUUGAAAACACUACUCCGUCCACAUGAAGAGUGAGAAAACUGAACAUUUUGUACAGCGUACUGGUACUUUCACUGGAUUAUUUAUGCUUCUGUGAUGCCUUUUUUGUGUUUUCUUCUCCAGUUGUGUUGCCAUGUUGUGGUGUAGUGUGAUCCACUGUAGCCGUACUGUGAACCGGAGUCCAGAUCUUUAUAGUGAGCUGUAAAUACCUGAUGCACACACUCGGCCGUGUCCGAGCCCGGCAUCCUCUCAGUAUUGAUUCGUUCAUGUUUUAAUUAUUUGGUUUUCAUAGUGUGGGAGGAGGAUUUACACACACACACAAACACACACACACACACACACACUCGCAGAGCUUCAACCAGGAGUCCCCAAAACUCUCGUUUGAUGAUUGAAUUUGAAUUAUAUGAGUCUUUAUGUUUCGCCUGCAACUCUUUAAAAAAAGUUAGUAAGUAAAAUUAAGAGGAAAAAAGAAUCUUAUGAUGAGAAUCCUGCAUUUUCUCUGCUGCGUCGCCCCUCCUGAAGCUCUGUGGCGUCCCCCAGCAGAACCCCACCCCACACUUUGAAAACCAGAUUUUAAUAAAUAAUGUAUAUUCUAUACAUCAUGAAGCCUUGUGUUAUUCCAUGUGGCCACUGGGGGGCACCAGAGACCCGUGAUGAUCCUGCU